AUGUUCAUUCUUCAUAUCAUCUUCUCCUUUCUAGCUACAACUCUACUACUAGUUCUCAUAACCUUUUUAGCUCUCAUACUAAAAAUCUUCAUCGGAAAACCAAUAAAAGACCCAAAAUACCCCCCAAUUGUUGGCAUUGUUUUUGGUCAACUCUUCUACUUCAAUAAACUUCAUGACUAUUUUACCGAUAUUGCCCUCAAACACCCUACUUUCAUGCUUCUUGCCCCCGAUCAAAGUGAACUAUACACUACUGAUGUUCGAAAUAUAGAACACAUACUUAGAACCAACUUUGAAAACUACUCAAAAGGCGAGUAUAACAAGGAUAUAGUAACUGACUUAUUUGGCAAUGGGAUUUUUGCAGUUGAUGGUGUUAAGUGGAAACAACAGAGAAAGCUUGCAAGUUUGGAGUUCUCAACAAGAGUGUUGAGGGACUUCAGCUGUAAAGUUUUCAGAAAAAAUGCAUCAAAUUUGGUUAGAGUCAUUUCAGAGUUUGCUAAGGCCAAUGAAGUUUUUGAUGUACAAAAUGAGGAGAAGGAGGAUAUACUUUCAAGAUUUCUGAUUGAGAGCAAGAAGGACCCGAGAAUAAAUGAUGAAUAUCUAAUGGAUAUAAUCCUUAAUUUUCUGAUUGCUGGAAAAGAUACUAGUGCAAAUACACUUUCUUGGUUCUUCUACAUGCUUUGUAAAAAUCCACUUGUGCAAGAAAAAGUUGUUGAAGAAAUACAAAAGAUUAUAGGAAAUCAAGAAAACGGGUCUACAAUUGAAGAUUUUAUGGAUAAAAUAAUCGAUGAGGUACUCAGAAAGAUGUAUUAUCUUCAUGCAGCUUUGAGUGAAACCUUGAGAUUAUACCCUGCAGUGCCUCUGGAUGGGAGAGUUGCAGACAUGGAUGACAAUCUCCCUGAUGGCUUUAAGUUAAAAAAAGGGGACGGUGUGUAUUACAUGUCAUAUGCGAUGGGAAGAAUGGGUUACAUAUGGGAAGAUGAUGCUGAGGAUUUCAAACCCGAAAGAUGGAUAAUCGAUAAUGGAGUUUUCCAACCAGAAUCUCCUUUCAAAUUCGUAGCAUUUCAUGUAAAAGGAUAUCCCACGAUGUUCACUAUUGAGCUCCAUCAUGGAGGGAGGUUCACAAAAUUCCCAGGGAUAAGCUACAUUGAAGGAAAAUUAGACCACAUUGACUUGGUAGACAUGGAUGAGUUCUCUGUGCAUGAGUUGGACGAGGUGAUGCUGAAGCUUGGUUAUGAUGUACCACUAGUCAUUUACUACCACUAUCAAUUGCCAAAUGGAGAUUUGGAGUUUGGUCUUAGAGCUCUAGGGAAUGAUAUUGAUGUACUUAGUCUUGCACAGUACAUUGAACAUCAUAAGAUCAUCAAGGUAUACAUUGAACAUAAUGAAACUAAGUUACUUACAUACUUUAUGUCUCCAAGAGUUAAACCUAGGGUCAUAAUUGAGGAAAUAGCAGAUGAUGUGCCCACUGCAACUGUUGGUGAUCAAGAUGUCCCAAAUCUUGAAUUGUGUUUAGUAAGAUAUGAGACACUCGAAUACAAUUCAAAUAAGAGAUUGAGGUUAGUUGAUGGGAGUCAAUCAUGUAGUAAGAAAUUGUGUUUCAACUUGGAACACACUGCAACUGUUGGUGAUCAAGAUGCACAUGUUGAAAUUGGUAAUGAAGGUGCAAAUAUUAGUGAGCAAGGUGCAACUGUUAGUGGUCAAGAUACACAUGUUGAAAUUGGUAAUGAAGGAGCAAAUGUUAGUGAUCAAGGUGCAGCUGUUGGUAAUCAAGAUACAGAAGUUCAUGAUCAAGGUGCAAAUGUUGGUGACCAAGAAGUAAAUACAAGAGAGUUUGAUACCUUUGAUGACCAACCAUUUCAAUUUGAAGACUUUGAUCCUUUCUUUGAUCAAUAUACUUUUAAUGAUGGUAAUGAUCAGAGUAUGGGUGUUGGUGCAGAACUUGGCACAGGACUAGGGGAAGUUCAAUUUGAAAGUGAGGGAGUUUGUGAUGGACUUGGUGAAGGAGGUAGUGAAGGGGGUAGUGAAGGGGGUAGUGAAGGGAGUGAGGAAGACAGUGAUUUUCUUGAAGAUGAAGAAAACUAUGUAAGUGAUAUUGAGGUGGACAUGAGUUAUUUCUAUAUGAAUGUUGAUCUAGAUGUUGAAUAUGUUGACAGAGGAAAAGGUGUUGAGACUGAAAAUGAAGUUGUUGAUACAGAAGAUGUUGAAGAUGUUGAAGUAAUUGAUAAUGAUGAAUGGGACUCAUUAAGUGAAGAUAGUGAUGAUGAAAGAAGGAAAGCAAUAUUAAAACAGAUGGUGAAGGAGAAGAAGUGCUCUCUUGGUGAAGUCCAUACAGUUACUUUUCAAGUGGGUCAAAAGUAUAAAAGUAAAAAGGAAAUUAAGAACAAAGUCAACAAACUUGCCAUUGAGACUAGAAGGAAUCUUGGCUUCAAGAAAAACGACAAAACAAGGCUUAGGGUUGUGUGUAAAGGUAAUGUACCUAAUGUAAAUGCAAGUGGGGUAGGUAAGGGCAAUAAAUUAAAUUGUUCUUGGUCAAUGCAGACUUCACGGUCAAAAGAUAGUGAUUAUUGGUAUGUGAAAACUUUACUGGACAAACAUACUUGUGUUCAAACUAGAAAACUUAGGGCUUGCACUGCGAAGUAUAUAUCUGCAGAAAUCUUAGACAUGGUCGAGUCUAACCCUACAGUACCCCUUCGAAGCAUUCAAGAGCAAGUUCAGAAGAGGCUUCAAGUUGGUGUGUCCAUACACAAAGUACAGAGAGCAAAAGCAACAGCUACAAAGCAAGUGAGUGGUGACUACACAAAGCAAUACGAGGUGUUAAGAGAUUAUCUUAUGGAACUACAAGCAACUAAUGUGGGUACAACUGUGAAGCUUGAGGUUGUUAAUGAGCCUAACAGUACUAGAGAAACAAGGCAGUUUAAAAGGGUGUAUAUUUGCUUAGGGGCAUUAAAGAAAGGGUUUAAAGCAGGUUUAAGAGAUAUUCUGGGACUAGAUGGUGCUUUUAUGAAAGGACCCUUUCCAGGCCAAGUACUCACAGCAGUUGGAUUGGAUUCAAACAACGGCAUAUACCCACUUGCAUAUGCCAUUGUUGAGACUGAAAAUAUGAGUAGCUGGAAAUGGUUUCUAGAAUGCUUGGGAGAUGACUUAGAGUUGUGCUCAAAUUCUAACUUUACUUUCAUGAGUGAUAGACAAAAGGGACUCUUACCUGCUAUAGCACAACUAUACCCACAGGCUGAGCAUCGAUUCUGUCUAAGACAUAUUUAUGAGAACAUGAGGAAAAAAUGGAAAACAAAAGAAGCAGGAUCAGAUAUAUUGCUCAACAAUUUAUGUGAGGUUUUCAACAGUAAGCUUAUUCAUGGUAGGAAUAAGCCCAUCAUAAGUUGUCUUGAGUACAUCAGGCAGUACCUUAUGAAGAGGAUUUGCAAUGUGAAGAAAGUGAUGUCCAAAGCUCCAGGUCCACUCACUCCAACAGCAUCAAAGUUACUUGAGAGAAAUAGGGAAGCUUCAGUCCAAUAUAGAGCUAGAUGGAAUGGGACUGCAAAGUAUGAAGUUUAUGGUCCUUGGCAUGACCAGCAUGUGGUUGACAUGAAAAAUAUGUCAUGUACAUGUAGAAGGUGGGAAUUGAAUGGGAUUCCAUGCAGGCAUGCCAUAGCUACAAUACAUGAAAUGGCUGAUAGUGGAGACAAAGUUGGGGAGCUUUACACUUAUGUUAACAAAGUGUAUUGGCUUCAAACAUGGAAUGAAGCUUACUCUUACACUGUGGACCCUAUAAAGGGUAGAGCCAUGUGGCCAAAAAGUACCUGUCCAUUUCAAUUAACACCACCACCACAUCACAAUCAACCUGGGAGACCUAACACCAAGAGAAAGAGAAGUGCAGAUGAAAAAUAUGAUAAACAGAUGCAAAAUCAUGGUGCAGGUGAACCUGAAAAACUUACCAGAAAGUUUGUUAGUGUUAGGUGUGGGAAAUGCAACAAUAGGGGUCAUAACUCAAGGACGUGCAAGGGUCAAGGUGGGAAUGCAGGAAGAAAUGAAGGAGGGAAUGCAGGAAGCAGUCAAGGAGGGAAUGCAUGA